UAUUUCAAGACAGCUGAGCUAAUAAGUAACUUAAAGCAAGCAAAGCAGAUAGGCUGUUUAUUUGGCUGACAAAACAAAUGCCUGGAGCAAACCGUCUAUGAUGGCACGUUUAUUUUUGCUCUGUAUACUUCAUCUUUUAAUCUGCAUCACUGUCCAGGAAAGUGUAUACUUAAUCACUGCACCUAAACUGCUGCGACUCGAUGCUUCGGAAAAGGUGGUGGUGCAGUUGUUUGGCUAUGAGAAUGAAAUUACAGUAGAUCUUCACCUAAAGAACACACUAGCACCAAGUUAUAAACAAUAUGCAUCUGAGUCCCUGAAACUCAACGCUGAGAAUAACUAUCAAGCUUCGGCUACUUUACGGAUAAUGCCUACAGAUUUCCCUAAAGGGGACAAGUAUGUCUACCUUCAGGCGAUUUCCUCUGCUUUCAUGGCACAUGAAAAAAUCCCAGUCACUACAGUAAACGGUUUUCUCUUUAUCCAGACUGACAAGCCAAUAUACACACCCGAACAAGAGGUACAAGUGCGUGUUUACUCCCUCAACGAGGAGCUGAGGAAAUCUAGACGAACCGUCACCCUUACAUUCGUGGAUCCUAAUGGUAUCAAAGUAGAGAUGAUCGAUAUGACAGACAUCAAUGGAGCAAAGCCACUUCUUCCACCUUUCAAAAUACCUUUAAAGCCAAUUUAUGGGAUAUGGAAGAUUUUGGGCACCUAUGCAGACACUUUUGAAACCACUGCCACGGCUGAGUUUGAGGUCAAAGAAUAUGUGCUGCCUAAUAUUUCACUCCACAUUCAGCCCGAGGCCAACUACGUCAGUGAGAAGAACUUUGAAUCUUUCAAAUUGAUGAUUUCAGCCAAAUAUUUUUGUGGAACACCAGUUAAUUCAGCAGACAUUUUCGUGACAUUUGGAUACAGUUCUCCAGAUGAAACUGUCAUGAUACCAACAACCUUUUCAAGAUACAUGCUGAGAGAUGGAAAGACAGAAGUCAACUUAGACAUCAAGUCAGCUUUGUCAACUAUGCCAGAUGGGCCUCAAAGUCUGAGAGAAAUGAUAGAAAACAGCUUUCUUCAAGUGAGAGUUUUGUUACAAGAAUCAACUGGUGGUAUCUCCCAGGAAGCAGUGCUCUCAAAUGUGAAAUUUGUGCAAACUCCAUUUACACUGAAUCUGAUUUCAACACCUGCUUUCAUCAAACCGGGUCUACCAUACGCAAUGAGAGUCUUGGUGAAGGAUCCUUUGGGUAAACCAGUGCAAGGUGUGUCAGUCACGACAAGGGCAACAAUAAACACAGCUGACAAAGAACAUGACACCCUCAAAUUCUCAGGAUACAAUGAUACAUUGACAGUGACAAGUCGGAAGGAUGGAAUUGCUUACUUCACCUGUAAUAUACCAGCUAAUGUAAAACAAGCUGAAUUCACUUUUGAGACAGAAGAUCCUUCUUGGAGUCAGGAUCCACUUAAACUAAAGGCGGAAUCAUAUGUGUCUGUCAACCAUCGUUACCUGUACAUCAAUUUGCCUGAAUCCUCAGAAUUUGAAGUCGGACAGAACAUUUCCAUCGAUGUUUACUUUGAAUUUCGUGACUACCUUUCUCUGAAGACCUUCAGCUACCAGAUCAUUUCCAGAGGAAAAGUUGUGCAGUUUGACACAGUUAACUGGGGUGGUGUAAAGAGUCAGAACCUCAACAUUCAAAUCACCCCUGACAUGGUGCCAUCUGCCCGGCUAGUGGUGUACUACGUCCUGUAUGGUGAACAAAAAGCAGAGCUGGUGGCAGACUCCACAUGGAUUGAUGUGAAGGCUAAAUGUGUUAACAAUUUAAACGUAGACAUAUCAACUCCCAACUCACAGUAUGUCUACAAACCCAAAGAUAAACUCAAAUUAAGAGUGUCAACUAAAAGCAGAGAAGAGUCACUGGUGGCCUUUUCUGCUGUUGAUACAGCCCUAUACAACCUAAAAUCUAAUGACAAGGACCCUCUAAAAAAGGUGUUACAACAUGUUGAGCGAAGUGACUUGGGUUGUGGAAGAGGCGGAGGCAAAAAUAAUGGUGAUGUAUUUGACCGUAUCGGCCUUAUGUUCAUCACCAAUGCAAACGCCAAAACCUCUAGCACAGAGGGGGUUUGCUCCGACUUGGUUAGGCCAAAGCGUUCAGUUGACCUGGCACAAAAGUUUGAGCAAUUGGCCAAAUCCUUUGGGUUGUACAAGCGUUGCUGCUCCUCUGGGACAGAGAGUAGCCCGGAAUUCGAAACCUGUCAGCAUCGUUCAGAGAGAUUGUCUUAUCCUCCAACUUUUGAUGCAACUCAGAAGAGGCGGUGUAAGUAUGCUUUCUUGAGAUGUUGCACCGAAGCUCUUAAGCUCCGUAAAGAGGUGGAUAAAAUCAUACUAAGUCGCAAAGCAAUGGACUUUCUGCUGGAUGCGAUGCCAUCUCCGUUUAGGGGCUACCACUUCCCUGAGAGCUGGUUAUGGGAGGAACACACAACCAAGUCUGGCUCAGUAAGCAUUACCAAAAUUAUUCCAGACUCACUGACUACAUGGGAGCUCAAAGCAGUUGGGGUAUUCAGUGAGGGGAUCUGUGUGUCAGAGGAGAAGAUUCAGGUGUCCCAGGACAUUAGUGUGGAUGUGCCCUAACCUUAUUCCAACGACAUGAAAAUUCAAAAUAUAA